AUGCGUCUUAAUUCUACCCGCCUAACCAAAACGCAACGAGGCAGGGGACCAUCCCACUUCUCAACUCCAAACUCCGGCCUCCAUGCCUCUCCCAUAGCUGCACGAAGAGGCUCGCUUGAGGAGCGGCGACGACCGGCUGCCUACUUCAAUCAUGGCAUAUCCCCAGGCCUCCCAGAUAGGAUGGAUGGAGAAGAUCAGGAGGAGGAAGACGGAGAGGAUGAAGACCAAGAGGAGGAAAUAGACGAAGAUGAGGCUGGAGAGCUGUCACCAUUGCUGCCUAUCUUCUCUGCUGCUCACUUAGACGCUCUACCAGUCUAUAAUCUCACGCAUACCAUUCGCCUCCUGGUGGUGCCGCGAUGCGAGACCACACUCUCUUGGGACCAGUUACGCUCUCCACAAGUAUCGCAGUUCCUCAUCAAGCCCAUCCAGCAACAGAUCAGAAGCUCCCAUUUCUCCAAAGCUACACUAUAUGCCCUCAUGGCAAAUUGCCUGCAGUUCAACAAGGAGGUCUCAAUGUACCCUGGCAACAGCGGCGCAAGCAAGACAAGAGCACUGGUUUGUGAGCUGCUUGCUAUCAAAUUACUCAAGGAGUUCAGCACAAGAGAAUUGGUAUAUGCCUUGUCGUACGACUUCUACCCUCUUCAAGGCCAGCCCUCAAGCAAUGGAAAUUCUAAUCCUGGACCCAAUUGGGACUCUUCGCCCGGGGGAAAAGCCCAGCCACGAGCAGCUCGCAUUUCUACACUCGAGAUAGCCAUUCGCGCUCAGUCCAAACGAUUCUUAGCUCACCCAUUAGUGGUGCAGCAACUCGAAGCUAUCUGGGCUGGAACAAUCGUCUUUCAUUCGGCAGCAGACAACCUCCAUCGACCUCCUGAGAAGGUGACACCAAAUCAAAACCGAGGAUAUGGUGCCAUUGGAGGAAGAGGUGCGAUCUUGCAGGCGGCACCCGAUAGCUUACAACCAGCGAAGCAAAGAGAUCAUCUUGACCCUGUCACCUUUUCAGUGCGUAGAUCGGCCACCUUGUAUGAUCCUUGGGACGCGUCACUCUUCAAGCUUUCAAGGUUACGAGUUCCUCGGUACCGCCAAUUCCUCUCAACAUGCUCAUUCGCGGUCUUGCUUGGCCUGUACUUGGCUGUUCUCAUUGAACGGUCGCUCACAAUUACUGCCUUGGAAGUUGUCUUCUGGUUCUGGAGUGCUGGAUUCAUGCUUGAUGAAGUCGUGGGGUUCAAUGAGCAAGGCUUCAGUCUAUACAUUAUGAGCUUCUGGAACGCAUUCGAUCUUGGCAUAUUGCUACUCCUCGUUGCCUAUUACUGCAUGCGACUCUAUGGCCUCCUGAUGCCGGAUGUUCGUAAGCAUCACACCGCCGACAACGCGUACGACCUCCUGGCUGCUAACGCGGUCUUACUAUUCCCACGCUUGUUCUCCGUGCUGGACCAUUACCGAUAUUUCUCGCAGCUCUUAAUUGCAUUCCGCAUGAUGGCGAUGGAUCUUGUGGCUGUCUUCGUACUUAUCGUCAUCAGUUGCAGCGGCUUUUUCGUGGCGUUCACUUUGUCGUUUGGAACCGGCGACUACGAUGCUGGUUCUGUGGCUUACGCGCUUUUCCAAAUGCUUAUGGGCUUUACUCCAGCUGCAUGGGACUCUUGGGGGACCUAUAACGUACUUGGUAAGACCAUAUUGACGCUCUUUCUCUUCAUCUGUCACUUCUUGAUCGUGACCAUUCUCAUCACUGUCUUGACAAAUUCGUUCAUGGCGAUUGUUCAGAACGCAAACGAGGAGCAUCAGUUCGUGUUUGCCGUCAAUACUAUAUCGAUGGUCAAAUCAGAUGCUCUGUUCUCGUAUGUUGCCCCUACCAAUAUAAUCGCCUGGCUUUUGGCUCCACUUCGGUUCGUGUUACCAUUCCGCCAAUUCGUCCGGAUCAAUCGUACCGUCAUCAAGGUCACCCAUUUCCCCGUCCUAUUCCUCAUCUAUGCUUAUGAGCGCAUGAUUCUACGACGGUCGAUGUUUGACGCAAGUGAGCUCGUUGAGCAACGAGGUCGCCAGGGCCUAGAAGUGCGAGCUUUCGAGGCUCCUGGUGCAGGCCUGAACUUAUUCAGCCCCAAGCUGAAUCGACUGCGAGAACCUUCAGUGGCGACCUUUCAAAAGGACCGGGCUCUUGAGGAAGUCUUCCGACGCCCUUUCAGAGACAACACAAUUCGAAAUACGCAGAAGAGCCAUGAGCGUCGAAAAACCAGCAAUGUAGUCAACAAUUGGAUGCAGAAUAUGGGCCCUGAUGGGACCCCAAGCCCACCAGUCGAACAAGAUCGUUCGAUAGUUGACAGAUUGGAGGCUCGCCGGAUUGCUCACCGAAAGUCUCAGCAGCUGGGGCGAAAACGACAGCCCGGCUUUAGACGUGACUUUACCGAAGCGACGAUGUCUAUCAUGUCAGAUCCCGAAGAAUUUGUUGGAGCUGGACGUCAAGAACGCCCUCCACGUCGCCGGGAAGAUAGUGAUCUACUGAACAUGAGUAUGGAUGAUAUACCCAGGCAAACGGAUGCCGACGGUGACGAUGAACUUGUUACAAAUGACGACGAGGAUCUCAUCACAUUAGGUCGACCAAGUGCGACUUCAGAUAGGAAGAUACCGACAGACCAAGAUCCAUGCCAGCAGAAUGAGGACUAUUUCCAACAGACGCCCACUGCUAAGCCCAGGAUACCGCACUUCUCGUCAAACUUCUCAAACCACGCAAAAUCCUCUCCACCAAAAGUUGCCGCGGUUCGGAUCAACGCCCAGCGCCCCACUCGCGCGGGGCAUAUGCGAAAUGUCUCUACCAAUACUGUGCUCUAUGACCCACCUCCGCCCCUGAACGAUUCGUCAACUUCAUCCCCAACCCGCAAAGCAAUCACCGCCAGAAACAGUGUCAAAAACACCGGAGUCGUGACUCCGGUGGCAUCAGCCGGAAGGCGUACACCAAAGCGUCAGCUGCCUGGCGCUUCUCGGCCACGACCGAUCAUGCCAUCACGCGCCGCUUUCCAAUCGGCACCGGAUCUCGUCGGCAUGCUCAAUUUCGGUCAAGGACGCGGACGACGCCAUUCUUUCACAAUGGACCUCGGCUCUGAUAUUGGUGACAACAAAGCCAUUGGUGGCGGCUAUAUUGGUGGCGUGCCUAACAGCUUUGCUACGCAGAUGGCUUAUGCAACCGGUGCCAUGAGAGCUGGUCAAGCUGCCGCUGGUGGACACGAGGAUCAGCAGAGGAUGGGCAAGUUGAUGUUGGCUAGAAUGAAUGCACUUGAAGAAGGGUUCAGGGAGGUCUUGAAGGAGGUGAAGGAUUGGAGGAAGGAAGAGACGAAGAGCGCCGGCGAUGCACCGGACCUAAAAUUCGCUGAGAUGAAGAUUGCCAGGACGAGAAGCAAGAGAUGCAGUAACGGGAAGAAGGAGGGAAGGACGAAGGCGAAGGCAGAGGACCGGGAGAAUGAGGCCAAUGAGCAUGAGCCGCAAGAAGAGGACAAGGGGAGAGGCAGCUCGAUUUAG